UCGAUCGUGCCGCUUGUGUAGUUCGUGUGUUUCUCCUGCUCGGACUGUGCAUCUUGGGCAAUACUUACGGCGAGCAAAGUAUUCACAAGAUACGACUUGUGCCCCGUGCUAAAAAUAAACGACAAGUCGAAAAAGGGGGACAAAAUAACGUCAACGUCGAUCGCGCGCCAAGUGUAAAAUAAAAGGAAGGAAGGGUCAGACCCCUACGGCAAAACAAAAUAAAGAUAAAAAUAAAAAUACAAAUACAAAUAAAGAGAAUAAUAAAAACGUAAAUAUUUCUGUGAAAUUGCUUAUAUCGCUAAUGAAAAACGAAAAGCGGAUGUUUUUUAUGCAAUCAGUAUGUAUUCGGGUUAAAAAUAAUCAAAGUUCGUAUUUAUUUAUUUGUGCAAAUUAUGCCAAGUGACAAAGAUAAAUAUUUAUUCGUUGCCAAAUGUUCGCCUAGAAUAUAUUAAGCUGAGAAGAGCUGAGCUGAGCGAUCAAAGCGAUUGUCAAAUGUGCUCAAUUGUGAGUUUCUACAUUCAGAUCAAAGUGCCUCGAAAUCAUAAUAAGCAAAUCAAGCGAAAAAGUCGUUGCGCAAAUUGAAAACUGAAUGAAACUUUUCGGGUAGUUGCAAUGCAACGGAAAAAGUGCCGACACCAUUUGAGUUGGGCCGGAAGAAUGUGAAAAAUCUUCAAGUAAAUAAAGUAAAAAAAAUCCAUUCCUUGGAAGAAGGAAAAUACAUGUAAAUGAAGUACUGUAGAAUGCGGCGUACUCUUGGCUGAGUAUGAAACGCAAUUAACAACAAAGAAAUUCCCCAACAAAAGACAAAUACAAAAGGCGAAUGUAAUGUGAAAACCUGCUGAGUGAAGAACUUUCCUAAAACUAAAAUUAAAACUGAAACUGAAAUUGAAAAUAAAAAGGGGAAGCAAAAGCAAGAGAAACAGAGAAAGCGUGUCAAUAUAAACAGGCGCCAUGAAGUUUUGUUUGGAAGCAUUUUGGUUAUUUUUGUUGACAGUUGGCGGCAAUCAGCAGCAAUUAAGCACUGAUUGUUGCCACGGGCUGUGUCCCACUUGGGGCAUGCCAGUCGCAGUUGCAGCUGCCACAGCAACAACAACUGUGAAUGCCACAGCAUCAGCAAAACAAAAAUCAAUCGAGCAAACGCUGAUGGACAGCGGCGGUCAAAUUCACAACGGAAAUGAGCUGGAAAAUGCAAUGAAAUUGCGUGAGACCACAAGGCAAACAAAGACUGAAUCCCUCCCAGUUAUUGGGGACAUAACAACAACAACAAUACAAUCACAAAUCGUGCCGGAUGCAACAACACUGACGGCAGCUCAGAAAUCAUUUGCCCGCCAAACUGUCAAGCAAGCCAAAACGUCCUCUCUCAAUUUACAGCAAAAUAUUAAAGAGCGAUUGGUGAGCUUGUUUGCCAGUGAGGAAGAGGUUGACUCUAGUCCCACAACAACGACAUCGGCAAUGACCGACAAUGAUGGGACAAGCACCCAUCAUCCGGAGCGUCGUCAUCUGGUGCCCGAUAAGCUGCAGUACACGAAGGAGAUCCAAAUCAAACAGGGUCGUUUGAUGGGCAUCACACGUCGCUUCCAGGUGACCAGCGGGCUACGUGAGGUGGAUCAGUAUCUGGGGCUGCCCUAUGCGGAGGCACCUACGGGCAGUAGACGAUUUAUGCCACCCGGCGCCCCUUUGCCCUGGCAGGGACUGAAGAUUGCACGUCAUUUGCCGCCGGUUUGCCCACAAAAACUGCCGGAUAUGUCAUCCCAGAACAGCGUAAAUAUCUCACGUGGUCGUUAUAAGCAUUUGACGCGACUGAUGCCGUACCUGAAGACCGAGAGCGAGGACUGCCUCUACCUAAACCUGUAUGUGCCCCACCAUGUGGCAUUGCCAACAGCAUCGGAGCAGUAUGCUGUGUUAGUGUAUCUGCACGGCGAAUCCUUUGAGUGGAACAGCGGCAACCCCUAUGACGGAUCUGUGCUAGCAAGCUACGGCGGGGUCAUUGUGGUCACUGUCAACUACAGGCUCGGAGCAUUGGGAUUUAUGCGGCCCAGCAUCGAUGCUCACAAUAUUGCCAACUAUGCCUUGCUGGAUCAGAUGGCAGCUUUGCACUGGAUCAAGGAGAACAUUGCUGCCUUUGGGGGUGACAAUACACGCGUUACUCUAAUGGGUCAUAGUACAGGCGCUGCUUGUGUCAAUUAUCUAAUGGUAUCGCCUGUGUCAUCAGGUCUAUUCCAUCGCGCCAUCCUGAUGUCCGGCUCAGCGAUGUCGGACUGGGCCGCGAGCAAUCAGUCAUUGCAAUUGACCAUGCAAAUAGCCCAUGCCCUAGACUGUCCGCUAAGCGACCACGAAGAGGACGAUGCUCUGCUGGAAUGUCUGCGUCAGCGUCGCUACCAGGAUAUCUUGCACAUACCAACAUCGUUUCAACAAUUUUCAACAUCAUUGGGUCCAAUUGUCGAUGGACACGUAAUACCAAAUCAACCGUACAAGGUCAUGGCGCAUAAUACGGAGUAUUUCAGCCGUUAUGAUUUAUUAUUCGGCAUCACGGAGUCAGAAUCCUAUCAUACAUUGGCCGCAUUAGCACUCGAGGAUGGAUUACGUGAAAAUGAACGCGAUAAUUUAUUGCGGUUCUAUAUGCAGACUCGCUUUGAUGUACGCCCCGAUUUGGCAUUGGCUGCCACGUUAAAAAAAUACCAGGACAUGUACAACAAUCCGAUUAAGGCCACUAAUUUGGAGCAUCGGGACGUUGUGCUGGACAUUCUCUCCGAUGCACGAGUUGUCGGACCUCUGCUGCAGACUGGCGUAUUCCAUGCGGAUGUGCAUCGUCGUAAUUAUAUGUACGUUUUUGGCCAUAAUAGCGCCACGGGUCCGUAUGCAAAUCUACCGCACAGUAUUAUGGGCGAGGAGCUGGCGUUCAUUUUUGGUGCGCCGCUGGCGCCGGCCGGCCCAUUUGCCAGUCACAACUAUUCCGUGCAGGAAAAGCUUCUUUCCGAGGCGGUAAUGGCAUAUUGGACGAAUUUCGUAAAGUCUGGUAACCCAAAAGCCCCGUGGAAGGGAACAUUUUUGAAUUCGCAUGCCUUAGAAUGGGAUCGCUAUGACUUGGAUUGGCCAGAGUUUAACAAACGGAGUCAAGCCUACCUGAACAUUGGCAUACCACCAACUGUGGGCUAUAAAUACCGUCAGAUCUACAUGAAUUUCUGGAACAAAGAGUUGCCGGACGAGCUGAAUCAAAUUGCUGCGAUACAGUUGCAGGGGCAGCAGCAGCUGCGGGGCACAUUAACAUCGACAAUGCCCGGAAACGAGGUGAUUACGGGUCAUAUGAGCAAAUACGGGCCUCGUGACAAUGGCGCCGAGGAUCCGGUGCGUACACUCAAAUUACUGCUGCAGGAUCCGCUGGCAACGGGCAGCGAGCAGACCGAGACCGCCGCCGAGAACAUGUACAAUGCACCGCCCACAUUUGGUCAUGUGCAUAGACAACAGCAGGGCAUGGAUGUAAUGGGUGGCAGCAUGUCCGGCGAGGAGGUAACCCAACCCGGUCAGCACAUUGCUGAUUAUGGUGAGGAUGGAACUGCAUCGCCGUCCCCAUUGCCAUCCGAGCCCGUAGCUAAGUCAGAGACAACGAUGCAGUUGCUCAUCGCGCUCAUUGCCAUCUUCAUUGUGCUGAACGUGGCCAUCUAUGCAACGUUCCUCUUGCGACAGCGUCGCAAGCGCAACACGUCGUUGCAACGAAAGCUGGGUGGCAACAUUCUCAGCUACGAUGGCGCGAAUGACGACGAACUGAAGCGUUGCAGUAAGUCUCGGGAUGGUGACGACAGCUACGUUCUAGACAUGGUGCGCAAGUCGAAUACUUAUGAGGCCAUAAAGACGGGUCAGAGGUCGCCCAUCAAUGGAUAUGCCAUUCAGCGUCAGCUCAGCAGCUCCACUGUGGACACGCACACGAAGGUGUGUGAAUGGAUGUCGUCGCAGAAUCAAGGCCAUAAGCUGCCCAAGUCCGGCAGCUUUCAGACCACACCCACGCCACCACCAGUUGCCCAGACAGAUGGUCGCAUUAUCAUCUGCCAGGACAUCGAGGUGGCUGAUGCAGCACUGCUGACGCCGCAGCACAUGCACGAGACCCAGGAGACGAUGCACUAUGAGCUGCUGCUGCAACGCCAGCACUCGGCACUGACGGAGCCAAGUGACGCGACGCUGCUGCGUCGUCACAGCCACUCACAUUCUGAUCCCGUGGACAUGAUACUGGCUGCAGAUGAGCAGGUCACAAGCUUUGUGCAUGCCGAUGAUGUGGACAUAAAUGUUACAAGUCGCGACGAAGAGUCGCUCAACCUGCAACCGCUGACAGCGGCCCAACAGCUGGAUCUGCUGCGGCAGCGUAACUAUCCCAAGGUGUUGCCCACGGCACAGGAUUUGCGCAGCUACAAGCGCAACUCGUUGCCGCCACAGAACUUUGUAGCACCUCUGCCGCCACCUCGCACCAUCAGCAGCACACUGGGCAGGCGUAGGAGGGACAGCAGCAACAUUACGACAUCGCCGCUAAUGCUGGCACAGGACUGUGGCGAGGAUGAGCCUGGAGAACCGCAAAUCACGCAGAACACACUCAUUGUGGGUCCCAUUGUGCCCAAGUCGCCAGCGGCGUCUCUGAAGCGCCCCAAGCAGCCGACUCUUAAGCCAGAAGCACAGCUACCGGGGCAGGCAGUGUCAACGCUAAGCGGCUCCUUUCAGUCAUUCGAAUCGGUGCCGCCUGCGCAUGAGGCGACGCCACCGCAAGGUCAACGUACCGAGUGUGUCUAUGCGAUUGCGGCAAGCGCCAGUGUCAGCUCGAUGCCCAGCUCGCCCACAAGUUGGUCGGCGCCCAAUGGUGACCUAUAUGCGCAGCCAACGAAAUCUGCCUCCAGGACAUCGCUCAUACCACGCCUGCUGCAGAUGUCGCCAGAGACGCUACCGGCGACACACGCAGGACAGCUAGUGUCAAAUCCAUCAGCUGCAGAAGUGUCAACAGCAACAACAACGACAUCUGUGACACCAAGCCGCAUACCGCAAUUACAACGUCAGACGUCCAACAAAGACAUCGGGCCGCAAGCACUUUCAAGUGGCAGCGACAGCAACAACACAUCAACGUUAAAUGCACGUAUCGAGUCCACAAUCUCCUCAGCUUCGGCAGCGACCAACUCCUGGUGCUCCUCGGGAUCAUCAUCGUCGUCCUCAACAGGCACAGUGCGAACGGAAUUGCAGCAAUGUCAGCAGCCGAGCAAAAGUAUUACAACAUGCAUCUAAGACAAGACCAGACAACCCGGGAAGUUGGCAAGCGGAGUUCUUCAAUUUCGACGUCAUCAUUGAAACAAUGAGUCCCGCUGUGCCCGUAUUACCCGCAUUGCGUCGCUCAAGCACAGACGACAUCGACUAAGCCAUCGAAGAGCACACAGACAAAGUAUCCUGCGAGACGACUGACUGUGGUCUGGGCUCUGACGGGAAUAGUAUGAAGGAAUGAAGGCUCCUUACGCGCAGCCUGUCGGAAUUUUAUAGUGUUCGCGAAAAUUUAAUAAUACAUUUCGGAAGAAUAAAGUUUAUCUUUGACUUGGCGGUUGGAUUACACAAGGACCUGCAGUUUGUGGUCGCUUUGGUCUAUCCAAGUUUGUACAGCGUUCAAGUCGCCUGCAAGUUUGAAUGCGCUUUUAUUUAAAUUCACCAACUAAAAGUAGAGAAAAGACGAUUAGGAUGAAAUAUCAGGUCUAAAGAAUUCCAAGGAAAUUGGAUAUUUCAUAACUUUAAUUGAUUUUUUAAGUCUGAGAAUGUAUUAAAAUCAUACUCGGAUUGUUUCAUUUUAAAAUUAAUCAUUACUAAGGAAUAACAGCAAUGAUAAAUGUUCUAUAAAAACGUAUUCAAAUAUUUACCUAAAUGAUUAAAUAGAUUUAAAUGUAAUAAAUAAUUAAAUGGAAAUAAUUGUGCAAAAUGAUAAUCUAAAUUAAAAUAAUUUAGCAUAAGGUAUUCAUUGCUUAAGGCUUAAACUUUAACAACACCAUAAUUCAGCUUGUGUAGCUAAUUAAUUAUGUGCACAAAGGAAUUAUUAUCAAGUAUUACCAGUAGCGCUAAUUAGGAUUACAUUAUUAUUAGUGUACUUAAUUCAAAUACAAAUUACCUAGAUAUUAUAACAAUAACAAUAUACAUAAAUUUGCAGUUAAUCGUAAGUUUUGUUUGUUCACUUGAGCUAAUUGUUAAUAUGUAUUGAUAAAACUUUGUUUUAGCUGCUUUCGAAAGUUGCUACCUGAAAAUAAGCAUAACAAUACUCAAUUUCCUUCAGAAAAGUUGGUCAACUUCUCGACUCUCAUUGUGCCAGCAAUUUGGCAAAGAAGAACAACUAUUUACAAUACGGAACUUGCCAAUACUCGUGCAUAAAAACCAAUUCCUUGAUGCUGUCAACUUAAUUUGCGACUGCGAAAAUUUAUUCAACAAAAUCAGCAACAACAUUUCCGAACUGAAGCUGAAGCUGAAUCUCUAGAAAUGUCAGCAUUUGUGAAACUGCAAAUUUUUCAAAUAUUUGGCAUUUUGCGAGUAGUUGUUGCUGGAGGACUUGUCGUUCUUACCGCAGGGAGUUACAUCAAAGUUGUCACCACAAAAUAGUUGCGUUGUUCCCUAAACUCUAUCCCGGAGCCCGUGAAACUUUUUUGAUGGCUUUUAUGCCUUUGCUUUGUGAAUUACUUUUCGGUUUUCCAGCGAAUUGAGUUAUUGUGUCGACAUUUGCUUGCUUUUAUUUUUCGUUCUCUCUUCUUUUUUGGAGUGGCAUUUUAUGCAAAUUGAUGUCAUGCAGUUGUCGCUAGAACAUUUUUCUUCAUCUGAGCCGCUACGGCCAAAACUUUGCCCAACAAGUGUACAAAGCUGUUUUAUACUUUGUUUCAAAAAUGUUAAAUCGCUGCCAUAAACAGAUUCAGCGAAGGGCACGCAAAAGUUCUAAUUAAAUUCUCCGUCCAAUUGAAUUGUAUUUUUGGUUUUUCUUUCACUUCACAAGAAAGGUGAAAGUAGAUGCUUUUUAUUCAUAUUUUUGUUUUUGGGCAAAUAUUUGUUUUUCGCUAAUUUACUUAAGUAAAUGUCAAGUAGAACGAAGGCCAUCCCAACUCUUACGGCGUGGCAGCCAGAGCCAACUAAUUGAGACGACCCAAAUUUUAGCAGUAUUUCAGAAUUUUGUUGUUCAAAGGGAAUCACAUAAAUGUCGAACAUGGCUCUAGGGUUCCUUUCAUGUUGUGGUGUCGACAGCACUUGACAUGUAUUUGCACGUCAAAGAGAACUGAAAGAAGGAAAGCUCCCCUUGUGAAUGCUCCAAAUGCCAUUUGCCAUUGCCGAUGUCAGGAUCUGUUGCCAUCUAUAAACAUUCCCCUGCUGGUCGGCUUUGUUAAUUUGCCACAAUUCCAAAAUGCUUUGCACUCGUAUUGUUGAAAUUUUGUAUCCAUUUUUUCUCUUCAUGUGGGUUAUUGUCUUUUGAGUAUUUGCCUUUGUGCACUUUCCGAGUGUGAAGAAAUGUGAAAAAUGUCCUUAAUUGAGUAAGGAAAUCACUAGGGGUAACCAAGAUGAUAAAAAAAUCAUACAAGAUUUCACUACUCUGCGCGAUAGAAAUUUCUACGAGCAACCGCAACACAAGUUAACAAACUAAGCCACAAAAAAAAUUUCCCUUCUACUUGAAGAAAAUUAUUUUCCGAAAUUUCUUAAGACCACAAAUAAGUAGUUUAUUAAAGUGAAGCAAGGAUCGACUUUAUAGUAAAAUAAAAAUAUACAACGCAACUACGCAAAAUCAAUAUAUUCAAGAAACAGCACACAACGGUUGGCAAAAGCAUAAAUCGUAUUUAAUUAAAACUGUCAUUGCAAAAAAGAAAAAUUUUAAGUAAAAAUGUUAUUGAAUAAAUUAACGCAAAUUAUAAGCGACAUGCAAAGGUAAACAAAAUAAAAUGGCUCAUAAUAAAUGCAUAUGAGUAAGCGAUAAAAUUCGUGAAUUUCCUUUUUAUAAAUUAAGCAGCUUAAAUACGUCAUGACUAAUUAAUGCACUUUAUAAUUAGUAUUAUAAGUUUAAUAUGAUUAAGCUUUAUCCAUACAAUACAUUUAUUCAAAUAACAACACAGGGUCAACAGUUUAAAUCCAAUAGCAUUCAACAAUAAACUGGUUAAACAUUCCACAAAAUGACAAGCCCGGGAAUUACUUAUAUAUAUUCAAAGCAAAUAACAAAAGCAUCAAAAAAAGCAAAUAUGAGUAACGAAAAAAUAAAUACAACAACUGGAAAACAAACAAAAAAACAAAGGCAAAUAUGUAAAUUAUGUUUUCAACUUUAUGUUGAUGGCUUUUGUUUGGUUUCUUUUUUUCUUUUUGUGUAAAUGGUGUCCCGUACAUUGUUCGACUUUUUAAUGAAAAUUUUAAUAAUUUAUUUGCAACACCAUGCACAAAUCAACAGAGGACAUAUGUAACAUUAAAUUAGCACGUGUAAAUAACAUAAAACGUACAAUUAUUAAAGUUUGUAUUUCUACAAUGAGCGAUUAAAUAUUUCAGUUUGAUUAAAAUGUAUUCUACUUAUUA